AUGGAAAUUGCGAUACAUGUCAAUCUGGGUUUACUUUUAGCGACUCGUCAAAAUCUUGCGAGUGCUCAAUUAGUAACUGCAAGACUUGCUCAACGACAUCAUAUGGAACAUGCCAAGAGUGUAAGUCUGGAUUUAGUUGGGAUGCUACAACAUCAUCUUGCAAAUGCUCAUUGGCUCACUGUGAUACUUGCUCUACCACUAGUUAUGGAACUUGCACAACAUGCACAUCAACAUUUGAGGGAUCUGGAACAUCAACUUGCGCCUGCUCAUCUACCAGCUAUUUAG